AUGUCUAAGACGUUAACAUUCGAGUCUUUCUCCCACACUUUUAGUACGUCUGAUCCAUAUGGACCUUGGGAUAAAACUUGGCUUCGUUCAAUGAUGAAGCUUGGAUUGACUUGCAACUUGUCUUCGUUCUAUGAUGAAGCUUGCGCUGGAAUGUGGGCUUCUCAGGCCACAUCCCGAACACUACCUGAAGCAUCCAUUUCAGAGAGACAUGAGCAAUGGAUGGCUCGUCAUGGACGUGUUUACAAGGAUAUUGCAGAGAAGGAAAGGCUUUUUAUGAUAUUCAAGGACAAUGUAGAGUUCAUAGAAUCUUUCAACAAAGUUGGGAAUCGACCUUAA